AUGCAAUUAGAAAUAUUUAUUCAUAUAAGAUAUCUGCCAUACAUGUUCAUUUAUUAAGAAAUGUAUAUGAUGCAUUUGCGGGGCUCACGUAAUAAUUUUGGAAAUUCGCUUUGGGUCAUUUAUAACGCUCCGUAUGUUUCUGCGCCCUUUCUGAUCUUCUUUUCCACCUUCUCAGCGAAUGUCUUCUGAUUGAAUUCCGUCGGGGAUUCACCGGCAAAUUCGCCUGAGCGAGCGAUAUCCUGAAAUAGAAAUUCUAGAAUUUCCGGUACCUCAAAAAGAUCGAAACUUUCUAAAAUUAAUAGGGACCGGUAUGAGCAGCCUGCCUAGCAGUGUUGAGACAGUAAAUGCUGCCGCCACCGCCAUUGUUACAGCCGAAAGCAGAGUUCAGCCAACUUCGAUUCGGUGGAUGGCGAAGCUGGUAGAUUAUUCAUGGAAAUUCCAACAUAGUCAAUGAUUUGUAAAAUUGAACAUGACCUUGAAAAGUGGAUGGGGAAGCAGGUGGAGUCUUUACUGGUGUUUUAGUUCCUACAAACAUAAAACCAAACGGAUCGGUCGCGCCGUCCUUGUUCCUGAACCGGCGGCACCCGCACCCGCAGCUCCAGUGGUUUCUGGGAAUCAAAACCACCCAACCACCACCAUUGUGUUUCCCUUCAUAGCUCCUCCCUCUUCUCCAGCAUCUUUUAUGCAGUCUGACCCUCCCUCCGCAAUCCAAUCACCACCAGGCCCACUCUCUCUUACCGCCGCCCUAUCCAUUAACAACGCAUUUUCCCCAUCCAUGGCAUCCUCAGCCUUUACCAUUGGUCCAUACGCUCACGAAACUCAGCUAGUCACGCCACCAGCAUUUUCCGCAGUGACCACAGAACCGUCAACUGCUUGUUACACUCCUCCACCGGAAUCAGCUGGAAUGACGACACCACCCUCGCCAGAAGUUCCGUUCGCUCAGCUUCUUACUUCAUCACUUGCCCGAAAUCGCAGAAACAACAAUGUGAGGUUCCCAUUAUCGCAGUACGACUAUCAGCCUUACACCUGCCCAGGGAGCCCGGGCAGCCGCUUCUCUGCCCGAAGGUGGGGUUCAGGAACUUUGACCCCAGCUUCUAGGCUAGGUUCGGGGACCAUGACACCGAGCAACGGCGCUGAACCUCCCUCACGAGACAGUUAUUAUGUUUUGGACACCCAAAUAUCUGAGGUUGUUUCACUUGCCAACUCCGACAAUGAGUCCGAACACAAUGACGACACUACUCUUCAUCAUAGAGUUUCAUUUGAGUUGACUGGGGGAGAAAUUCCCACCGUGUUGCCACAUAACCAUCCCGAGUCAGCUGAAACCGUUCAACUGUCUGAUCUGGCAAAGGAAGCUGAGUAUUCUUCUUCUGUUCAAGAAAGUAGAAAUGGGAGCAUGAAAGAGGAAGAACAACGUCAUAGGUGGCCUGAGAAGCACAGGAAUGGUGCACUGGAUUUGAUGAACAAAGACUUUGAUUUUAACAAUGUUAAACCAGAAGUGUUGGACAAGUCCAGCGUUGACUGUGAGUGGUGGACUAGCGUUGACUAUUUCCCAUUUGUGCAGCCUAAAGUCAGCUGACACCGAAUUUGCUAUGGCUAAUGGCCUCUAAAGUCUAAAGGAAAAUAACAACAGGUAACUAUUGUGUGUGCCACUUCUGGAACUACAAAUGACAACAUGGGAAUGACAUUUCAGAGGGAAAGUUUUUUUUAUUACUUUUUUUUUGUUUUUUGUUUUUGUUUCAAGCAUGUGAAUAGUCAUAUGUAUACUUGGGAUGUUGAAUAUAUCUUAGCUCUGAGUCAAAAGGGAUAUACAAUGGAUUUGUUUGUAGUGAUUGACUGGGAAAUCAGCCCAAGUAUUCUGAUUAAUGUGUACACCACACCCAAAGUUAUGUUUACAUACACAAUUCAAUUGAGCAUUGCAAGACAUUUUAUUCUAUCCUUUUCCACUUCACAGAGUAGUGUACUAAUGCUGGUGGAGGCUCAAGGAGCAGAGAUGUAUGAACUAUGAUUUGUAAUGGGAUGUACUCGUAUCAUUAAAUGAUUUUUUAUCAAGGAGCAUGAAUAUCAGAAGGAAAUAGGAAUUCUAUCUA